CUCAAGCUCAGCUCAAUGAAGAAGAGCCUCUUCCUUCUCUCCUUUCUGUUCUUGUUACGUCUGUCUCUUAAUGGAUGGACGGGAAGAUUCCAGGUCCUGAUGGACAUAAAUCCAUCCUUCAGUAACACUGAAAAACUUGUGAAUAAAACAGGAAACUUGUAAUAUUACAAAAAAAUAUAAUGACUUCUAUAACCUUUUUUAAGCCAUCAUGAUACCACCUACAUCCUUAAUUUGUGAUAUAGUGGACACACUACAAAUUUUCAUUGGGCAUUAUUGUAUCCAUGACCAAUUCACCUGUCUCUGUAAAAGAUAAUCCAUUAUUUUCCAAGAAAUCAAAAGACCUAUUUAGAAGACAAAAAUAAUCAAUGUUUUUCUAGUAACAAUAUAUCAAUGACAAUGGGGAAACCAUUUACCACCAAAUGCAACAUACCAAGUCAAUUUUAAAGCCCAUGUAAGCUUAAAUUAAUUCUGUUUAAAUCAGGUUGCCAUAAGGAAAAUUAUUGAAACAAAUGGUUGCUCAAAACACAUUUCCACAUAGACUUCUUAUCUAGAUUUAGAAAAUAUCCCAUCUCGGCAACAUUAAACUUAAUCAAACCUGUUUUCUAAGUACCCCCUACUCCACAGUUUAGCAAGAAAGAUGGACUCCUACUGGCUACCUGAUUAGGAAAAAAGUUGCUCUGCACUUACAACAUGUUCAAUGAUAAAGAUCCAGAACCUGCUGUAAAGCAACCAUCAGACCACAGACAAACUCAAGUGAUUAUAUUGAGAAUACGAUGAAUACAAUAAGCUCUAUUGACUCCCUAAAGAGGAUAUUCACUUGUUAUGGCAGCUCACAAAAAGAGGAAAUUAAAUAUAGUAUAUACGUUCUAAGAUAUACAAAAUAAGGGUGGGGGAUGUGAUAUAUAGAAGAUUGUUAGUGUAACAUAUAUGUUUAAAAUAUAUUUCAAUUCCUAGAUGUAUAAUUACACUCAAGAAUAUUUCUCUAAAUUUGGGUAUCAUUAAUAUUCAAAGAAAUAAAUGGAUCUUUUUCCUAUCCAACACAUUUACAUCAAGUGAUUUCUCAGUAGUUUGUGAUCACCCUUGUGUAACACCCCCUUUAACUUUAGAUUUUGAUCAACACUUCCUCUUUCCCCAUCAGUGCACACAUGAAGCAAACACACCCUGCUUAUGAUCUGUUGAUUUUGCAGAGUGUCGCUUAAGACGAAAAUUAAGCACACAAAAAAAGCUAAUUGUAUCACAUUUACUAGAAAUCAGAAAUUGUGGCUGGAAGGACAAGAUGCUUGAAGUGUGUAACACAAUGCUGCUAAGAUUAGAUUACAUCAACCAAGCUCUCAGAGAGACACCUCAGCUUGAUUCAAAGGGGUUCCGAUUAUGGUUUUCAAGCUCUCCAUGUUCACCAUCAGUUUCCAGCAGCGACCAAAAAUGGUAUUUGUGGUGACUGAGGAGAGCAGACUCAUCUCAAAAUCAGCAAAAAAAAGGAAGCGUUUACCCUGAGCAGAAAAAAAGUCAUGGUCUGUGGUCUGAGUGGGUGAUGGUGAGUCCUCUUCAUACUGGGAGACACAGGCUGAGUCGGCGUCCCUGAUGGGUUGUGUUAACACUAAAAAGCUCAAGCUCAGCUCAAUGAAGAAGAGCCUCUUCGUUCUCUCCUUUCUGAUCUUGUUACGUCUGUCUCUUCUUUAUGGAUGGACGGGAAGAUUCCAGGCCCUGAUGGACAUAAAUCCAUCCUUCGGUAACAAGCCCAGCAAUAGCAGAAAUAUAACCAUCCUGCUUUGGUACUGGCCCUUCGGCAGGUCGUUAAGCCUCAGGGGGGAUGUGUGCUGGGAUCUCUACCACAUCCCUCACUGCAGGCUGGUGGAUCAGUGCUCCCUGUUCCCCUCGGCGGAUGUGGUGGUGUUCCACAGCCGGGAGCUGGUACAGGGCCGCAAAAAGCUGCCCUUUGACCUCCCACGUCCGCCGGGCCAGAGGUGGGCCUGGAUGUCCCUGGAGGCCCCUGUUUACAGCAGCAACUUGAGUCAGUUGGAUAAUCUCUUCAACAUUACCAUAACCUACAGGAGGGAUGCUGAUGUCACUAUUCCAUAUGGCGAGCUGCUACCAAAGGAGGAUGAAGGCGUAGAAGAUGUCCCACAGAAUAAAAGCUUUUUGGUUUGUUGGGUUGUCAGCAACUACAAGAACCAGCACAAGAGAAGCAUGGUGUAUAAGGAGCUAAGUGAAACUGUUCCUGUGAAGGUUUACGGCCGUUGGACAAAGAAGCCUCUUCCCUCCAGAGCCCUCAUAACUACAAUCUCUCGCUGCUACUUCUAUUUGUCGUUUGAGAACUCAGUUGGUAAAGAUUACAUCACAGAGAAGCUGUGGAGGAAUGCUUAUAAAGGCGGGGCAGUGCCUGUAGUCAUUGGGCCACCAAUAGAUGAUUACAAAGCUGUGGCUCCACCUAAUUCUUUCAUCCAUGUUGAUGAGUUUGCAUCUGUAAAAGACUUAGGAAAGUAUCUGCAACAGUUAGCGGGGGAUAAGGAACGCUACAGUGAAUAUUUUAAGUGGAAAAAAGAGUGGAGAGUGAAGCUGUACACAGACUGGAGGGAGAGACUGUGUAAAGUCUGCUCACAGUACGAUAGGUUACCUCAGCACAAAGUUUACUCUGACCUAGAAGCCUGGGUCAAUGCUAUUAGCAACUGAGAAAAACUAAGGCUUGUUUUUGAUUGUUAGCUUGAUUUGAUCACAUUUUGUGUGUUUAGUUUUAAUAUUUUGCCAAUAAGAAACCUGAUACAUUCAAAAAAGAUGAAAAAUGGAUGAUAUUUAUUAAACCACCUAAAUAAUUUCAUUCACCAAUUCAGGAAGGUUUGGUUUGGAUUGUUGGAAAAUGUACACUCAGCUACACAAGACACUCAGCUAACAUGCUUUGUGAAAAAGAACAAAUUGGAGUAAAUCCAUCGCACUUUAUCAAAUAGAUGAUGUCUCUGGACAAUAGUUUUUUUGUAAUAUGCAUUCUACCAGUCCCACAUUUGAGUAAAAUGUGUAAAUUGAUACCUCUAUGUGAAGCAGCAGUUUUGCAGCUGCGGCUAGUUUAGCUAAUCAUAUUAGAUUUGGGGUUAGUGGAUUUCAGUUGUGGUAGUUAAAGUGGGGCCUUUGAGCAGAGGCCAGCCAUUUCUCCACUUCCAGUUCCAACACCUGCUUGGCUGUAGCUUCAUGAAAAAUGUAUCAAUUUGGUAUUACUCUUAAAUUCUCAAUAAGGACAUAAAUAAAACAAUACACCUGA